UUUGCUUUCGAUGACAGCAGUUUCAGUCCAUGUCUACGACGAUGCCUUAAGCCACUGCUGAGGUUCGAGCGUACUUAUUCGUUUGUAUUCAGGAAUUUCGAUAAGAUAUGUGACACUCUCGAGAGAGGUGCUUACUGCUCGAGGACGUGCGAUCUGCCUGAUCAACGCUCCUUCUAUCACUACACAACCUUUUAUCGUUUGCAUUGUGUGGACUUCGAAGAAGAGCUUGAAGAGCACCUUGAAUGUUUCACAGAAGCUGCACCGGAAAUCGACAGGAAUUGCCGAACACGUUGCGUUCCGAAAUUCGACAAGGGACACGGAAAAGAAGUUGAAUUGAAAAGUAAAUGCAAGGGAAUGCAGUGCUCAACAGUUUGCUAUUAUCAAGAAUUCUCGAAUGCAUGUCCUGGAACGCAUGAUGUCUUACUCCGUUUGAAUAUGCGUCAAAUCAAUGAUGUCGUCUCAUCGGCAAAACCAGAGUUAAUUCAAGCAAUGCAUCCAGACUGUCUACAGCUCUACGAUAUGGAGUACAUGCGAGCGAAACUUGUCGGUGAUUCGGAAGAGUAG